AUGACUGCUAAACCAUUGUUUAAUAUUAAUGAACCGGUAUUUGCCUUGCACCAAGGAAAAACAUACAAAGCUAAGGUUCUUGAAUCAAAAAUUGAUGAAGAAACAAACGAAUGGCAAUAUUUUAUUCACUAUGAUGGUUGGAACAAGAAGUGGGAUACAUGGGCUAAAACUGAUGUACUGCAAAAACGAACAGAGAAAACAGAAGAAUUAUUCAAUAAAAUGAAUGUUGCAGUAAAAAAGAAUGACUCAAAAAAGUCCGGUAUCAAUAAAACAGUUAGCAAACGUUCAACGAUAUCACAAUGUGAGACAAGCUCACAAGCACAAUUAAAUGUAGCUGAUGAUAGUCAAGAUUCAUCAUCAACAACAGCUACUUCAAAAGAGAAUAGUAAACGAGUAAGAAAACGACAACGUACAGAUUCAGUAGAAAAAUUGAAAACAUUUGAAAAUAAAGUUGUCAUUGAAAUAAAACUAUCUGAUGAAAUAAAAGCGUGUCUCUCGCGUGACUGGCAUCUAAUAAAUAAUGAACAUAAACUUUUGAUUCUUCCUUGUCAACCAACUGUGGAGGAAAUUGUCAAUCUCUAUCGUCAAUCAAAAUUAAAUAAACAAAAAUCAAUGGAAGCUGAGCAAACUCAUCAUUUUACUGAAAGUAUUGUAACUUAUUUUGACACGGCUUUAUCAACCAUGCUUUUAUAUGCUGUCGAACGGGCACAAUAUAAAGAGAUUCAAGAAAGUCAUGGUAUCGGUGAUAAAAUGCAGUCAUCGAAUGUUUAUGGUAUUCUACAUUUAUUGCGCUUAAUGAGCCAAUUAGGAUCAAUAUUAGCUUAUUCAUCAUUGGAACAAGCUGAAGUUGAUUUUUUACUUGUUCAUAUUGAUGAUUUUAAUCGAUUUUUGGAAAAAAAUAUAAAAACGUGGCUUAAUGAUGACCAUUAUCAAAAUGCCACUGAUGGCACCAACCCAAUAAUUCAAUGA